AUGGCCAAAUGCAUCAAGAAGGUUGGAAUCGUGGGUAAAUAUGGGACCCAUUAUGGGGCCUCCCUCAGGAAGAUGGUGAAGAAGAUUGAAAUUAGCCAGCAUGUCAAGUACACCUGCUCCUUCUGUGGCAAAACCAAGAUGAAAAGGCAAGCAGUGGGCAUCUGGCACUGUGGCUCCUGCAUGAAGACCAUAACCAGUGGCGCCUGGACCUACAACACCACUUCUGCUGUCACAGUAAAGUCGGCCAUCAGAAGACUGAAGGAGUUGGAAGACCAGUAG